CAAUCGCUAGCAGCGGCAAUGCCCCCGCCCGAUCGGAAUUGCUUCUCGUCCUGGUGGAUCACGGCGACCCGGUGUGGCGCCGCGGAGCAUCCCCUCUUGGCGUACCUGGUGACCAGCGUCGCCACGCUCUUCAUCGUCGUCCUGGCCUACAUGACGAUCCGCUGCUGCUGCCUCUACCACCAAAAUCGACGGCGGCAGCUCCAACAGAUGAUGCUCACGAUGCGCGGCGGCGGCGGCGGCCAUGGCGAGGAUCUACGCCAGAUGGAGGAGCAGCAGCGGCGCGUGAUGAUCCAGCCGCUCAAUAAUCUGGCCCUUGGCGCCGCGAUCUUCGAGUCGCAGCACGGGAUUCUCGCUCCGGCGCCACCGCAGAUCGAGCAGCCGCAGCAUCAUCCUCCGCCGCGGGUGUGCGUGAUCAUGGCCGGCGAGGAAAGCCCUAGCUUCAUCGCGCAGCCAUCGCCAUUGCCCGGGGAAGCAUCGUCCAAGAAAUGAGAGGAGCUGUGGCUGGGGAAUAUGCGUUUAGGUUUCUAGCUGGGCGGAGCGAUGGCGGAGAGGGCCGCAGAGCUCGCGCGGACUGCCGCCGAGAGGCUGGAGUCGCCAUUGCCCUGGGCGGUGAGUGCCUGCUCGGUAAUGCACGGCGCCGGGGUGUCGAUGCCGUCCUUGGAUUUGGCGAAGGCCAUGGUCGCCGACGUUCCAUCGCCGCAGCUCAUGCCCUUUGUGGAUCAAAGCAUUGCUUCCGGGCUCGUGUUCCCGAUGCAUAUGCUAUCGCUUCUCGCCGCCAAGGUAAUUCCAGUGCGCCAACAACAGCCAGAGACUUAUAUGAUGUUCCUCAAUCUCCUCGACACUUAUGCUUUUACUCUUUCUCUGAGAACUACGGUCUCCAGUACUGAGAGAUCACUGAAGAGCAUCCUAGAAAUAUUGGAGCUUCCUUUUAAUGGCGACGCUCCGAAAGAACUUGGCACCGUGGCUGUACAGUUUAUACUAGCGCUGUGCUGCCGUCUUGUCGAUGCAACAGCCGAGGAUUGGUCUAUGGCGUUGAGCUCUCCAAGUAAACCAACUGGAAGUUAUUUAACAGUGAAUGACUUUGACGAUGAUUUUGGAAGGAGACGACAGGAAGAGUCAGAGCAGGCGAGAGGUAACAGCUUGAGGGCCCUUGAGCUUGUCACCAAUUUUCUCCAUCACAAGAAAACCUCCGUACUGCUGAGGCUUGCUCGGAGAAACUUAUCGGAGCAGUGGGGUUUGUUUGUCCAGAAGCUAAAGUUUCUCGAAGUGAUUAUACGCGAUACGACGUUAGGAGCUCCAAGAGAAACCGGAGAGCUCUUUGCACGCUUAGCUGCUGCCAUUCAGCAAGGCUUGGUCCAAGAACAAAGCAACCGUCGAGUUGUGUACAAGGUCUUGCUGGACACGAACACUUCCAUGUCGGUGUUUGGAAACUAUUGGGGAACUGGCCGUACAGCGCCGUGGCUUCCUUUCGAUAUUUUCAUGGAGGACGCUUUGGAAGGAAGGAGAGUUCCCGCGUCUUCCACUGCAGAAGCUCUUGCAGAUUUAAUCAAGUCACUUCGGGCAGUUCAAGGUGCUUCAUGGCAUGAUGUAUUCUUGGGGCUCUGGAUUGCGGGUCUUCGGCACGUAAACCGGGAACGCGAACAUGUUGAAGGGCCAAGACCGCACGUAGACUCUCGGCUUUGCAUGUUAUUAUCUAUUGUCCCGUUAGCUUCAGCAGCUGUUAUAGAGGAGGAAGAAAACUCUCAACAGUACAAUGUCUCGCGGGUUGACGAUAAUGAAAGAGGUCGCCGAGCAGGGUUUGUUUCAAGCUUACAAGUUCUUGGCCAGUUUGAAGGUCUACUCUGCCCGCCACCGAUUGCCGUUCCUGCGGCUAAUCAGGCUGCCAUGAAAGCAUCGGCAUUCGUUGCGGGGAUUAAGACAACUCGCGACGGUUAUGUCCCUGCCGAUGGAAGCACCAAAGCAGUGGGAAACAUGAGACACCUUAUUGUCGAGAUUUGUAUAUCCAGAGGUCUUCUAGAUGCCUCCGCUUAUCUCUGGCCUGGUUAUGCUGUAGCUAUACCGCUUUCGGGAUCAUCCCAGUCAUCGCCAUGGGCUGCUUUUAUGGAGGGGUCGUCCUUGGCUGGGCCGUUGAAGGGUGCGCUGAUAAAUACUCCUGCAUCCAGUGUAGCAGAACUUGAGAAGGUAUAUCAGAUAGCUAUAAACGGUGCGGAAAAUGAGAGAGUUGCUGCGGCAAGUAUUCUCUGCGGGGCCUCGCUUGUGAGAAGCUGGAGCAUCCAGGAACAUGCGGUCCGAUUAGCUGUUCGUUUAGUGUCUCCUCCAGUUCCAGCUGAAAGUAGAUCUGGUCAUCCCUUGAUGAAUUAUUCCUCCAUGCUUUUAGCUGCUUUGGGGGCCCUGACAGAAGUGGAUGCAGUUCACGUACUUUCGCUGUAUGGGAUGUUUCCAGAACUAGCGGCUGCCUUGCUGCCAAUAUGUGAGGUAUUUGGUUCCGCGACACCGGCACCUCAAAGCACGGGGGAAGAGGUAUCUCCACAUAUGGUAUUUUCGGUGGCGUUUCUCCUCCUCCUCCGGCUGUGGAAGUUUCAUCGGCCUCCACUUGAGCAUCGGCUACUUGGUUUUGAGUCCCCUCUUGGAGGAGAUUUAAGCUUGGACUAUAUUCUUCAACUUCGGAACUUGGGGUUAUCUUCGCAAGGCACCCAGCCUGUGCAUCAUGUGAAGCUAGAUUCCUUUCCGAAGCUCAAGGCGUGGUACACACAGAACCAAGCAUGCGUUGCGUCUACUCUUUCCGGGCUCUCUGGAUCGGGCAAUCCAGUGCAUCAAAACGCUGACAGGCUCCUGAAUAUGAUGUUUAAGAGAAUCAAAGGGGCUGCUCCUGAUGAGACGUCAGCUCGACCCAUGCUUCCAGCGUGGGAGAUCAUGACUUCUGUGCCUUUCGUGCUAGACGCGGUACUUACAGCCUGCGGCCAUGGGCGACUGUCAUCCAAAGAUCUAACUACAGGACUUCGGGACCUCGUAGAUUUUCUUCCAGCUUCCAUAGCCACCAUUGUCAGCUACUUCACAGCAGAGGUGACUCGCGGUUUAUGGAAAUAUGCUUCUAUGAAUGGAAAUGAUUGGCCUAGUCCAGCUGCCAACCUUCUCUCCGUCGAAGCUGAGAUAAAAGAGAUCCUUGCAGCUACUGGAGUGCAAGUGCCUAAUCUUGUUACGGGCUCGCUGGGUGGCAAUGCUCCAGUGUCACUUCCGUUACCGCUCGCAGCAUUUCUAAGCCUGACAAUAACUUUCAGGCAGGAUAAGUCCUCGGAACUAGUUCUCGGCGUCGCUGGGCCAGCUCUCGAGAGCACAGCAGGAGGCAGCCCGUGGCCCAGCAUGCCAGUGGUAGCAGCACUCUGGGCUCAAAAGGUGAAACGGUGGCACAGCUUCAUCGUCUUCGGUGCCUCUCGCACCGUGUUCAAGCAGGACAAGAACGCAGUGAAGGAGCUGCUCCGGAGCUGCUUCGCGGUGACAACCGGAACCACGGGAACCCUGAUGUCCAAGCUCCAAGUUCACGGUGGCGUUGGAGCUCUCCUUGGACACGGUGGUAUGCAAGGCGGCCAGUAUCCACUGGCACCAGGAAUCCUCUACCUGGGAAUCUAUCCGGCCCUUCACGAGAUCAUGUUCGUCACGGACGAGAUUCUGUUCCUGGUGGUGAAAGCCGCGCGGGACCUCACAGCAGCCAAAGGAACGACGUCAAAAAUCUCGUGCGCGAGCGCCAUGUCUCGGGUGUUCCAGGCAUCGACUUUGGGAGCAAGCUUACUUCACAUCUCGGGCGGCUCGACUCUUGUCCAGACACUCUACUCGGAGAGUCUACCGGCGUGGUUUCUAGCUGGUGGUAAUCCGGAAGAAAGCUCCUCCUCCACUAGCAGCGGCAGCGGCGAAGGAAGCCUGGUAGAAGGCUACGCAGUGGCACACUUUGCUCUGCUCUCCGGCGCUCUCGUGUGGGGGAUCUCGUCCACUUCCACCAAGACCUCGCACAGGACUCGACGCCGCCGAGUUCUCGGCUCUCAUAUGGAGUUCCUGGCAUCGGCCUUGGAUGGAAAGAUUGCUCUCGGUUGCGGCCGCGCUACGUGGAAGGCCUACUUGACGGGAUUCAUAGCACUGCUCGUGAGCUCCACUCCAAACUGGAUCCUCGACGUCAAGCUCGACGUUUUGAAGCGGCUGGCGAGGGGACUGAGGCUGUGGCACGAGCAGGAACUGGCGGUGGCUUUGCUCGAGCGAGGAGGCCCCGCAGCAAUGGGACCAGCGGCGGAGCUGGCUUGAGAGGAACAACAGCUAAAUCAGUGAAAUCUCAUGCUACUAAUACCAUGGAUGAUCUGGCGUUCGAUAUUUAUAUAUGUAAGUUAAAUAUAAUUUGUAUACUACCACAUUUUCAGGAUGCU